CUGAAUAUCCAAGUCGAAUAUAAUACUGUUUGAUUGCACGUAUGCACUUAAAGACGACAUAGAUUUAAUUUACAUUUUCUGCUAUGCAUUUUGCCGCGUUUUCUCCGUUACUGGCCUUGCUGUUGCGAUGCGCGUAUGGCAAAUACGUGGAAGGCACGUUGCAAACGAGAGAGAACUGGGCUUUCCUGGCCAGAUUUUGUUUCUUGUCGGAAGACGGCCAGUUUGAAUACGUCAUAGAGUACAACGAGGACCAGGGAGACUUAAAUCUUUUGUUGUAUUACGAUACGGACGACCAAUGGCCCGCCGUCUACAAGUCCGCGAAGAGCUGCAAGGAGAGGGAGUCGGUUUUGAACGUGCAGCAGAACCAAAUCGUCAACUUAACGGCGAGAAGUGCGGCAACAAGGGAUUUUUCCGGUUGCCAGUUCAGACCAUCGAUGCCCCCUACGACUCCCAGGCCCUUGUAUACCAUCAAUAUACCAACACCAAAAAAACCAAACAGGAGUAAAGGUCACGUGAAAAUAACCACCACCACUACUACCGUCAAAACAACCACAGAACUACCCCAAACCACAGUUUCGGACACAACCGGGACUACGAUGUCCUCGACUUUCUCAAGUUUAGACUAUUCGACAUACCCAUCGUCCAUCACCUUCAAUGAUCUCACUAGUACCACGGCUGGAACCGAGGAAUACUCGGCUACGACCGUGGGGUCCAACGUAACCGCGUACGAUGAGCGUCCGAGGAGGAGACGAUACGUUCCGGUGAAAUCUCCUGUGUCCGUCAUCAGAACAGGCCGGACGGUAUCGUGUCAUAACGCCCGGAAAUUCCGGAGCGCUAGGGAAAGGUGGUGGUUCAUCGCCAUCAGCAACUGUAACGGGACCAAGGGUAUCAGCAUCAACUACCAACUGCUCAUGACUAACGGAGCUCCCGGUGAUUACUGGCAUGAACACUUUUCUGCGGACGAAUUUUAUAUUCUGCCGGUACUGAUGGCGUUCUCGAUAGCUUACUCCUUCCUAAUGGUGGCGAUCGUCGUGUGCUCGCUGGAGUUGAAGUCGAGACAACUCCUGCACACCACCUACAAAAUAUUCGUCAUCUCCGUGGUGCUGCAACUGUUCGCCAUCUUGGUACUGAGCAUAGUGUACUUGAAGUACGCAGUCAGCGGUAGGGAGUCGCCGCAGAUGAAACGCUUUGGCAACAUGCUGAUGGGUGCCUCCGAGACUUGCUACCUCCUGCUGCUCCUGCUACUAGCAAAAGGGUACACGGUAACGAGAGGCAGGCUGCCCAUAAAAGCCAGCGUCAAGCUGACCAUAUUCAUGUGCCUUUACGUCACUACCUACCUCACUAUAUUCGUGUACGAAGCGAUAGUUUUCGAUCCGGGACAAGUUCUGUACCUGUACGAGUCGCCUGCAGGUUACAGCUUAAUCAUGCUGAGGAUAUUCGCGUGGUUCAUGUUCAUCUACUCGACUGUGUUUACUUUGAAACGAUACCCCGAGAAGUCGGGUUUCUACUAUCCCUUCAACAUUUUCGGAACGAUAUGGUUCGUCGCCGGACCCACGUUCAUCAUAUCCGCCAACACUUACAUAGACAAGUGGGUGAGGGAGUCAAUAGUAUGGGCGGUCCUCCUCUUCAUAGCGUUCGGAGGACACCUCAUGUUCCUGAUUCUGACCAUGCCAUCGGUGGCCAACAAAAACUUUCCGUACCACGUCCGUACCACUCAGAUCGGCAUAAUGGAGACUGGCGGCAACCUCGGUACCAGCACCAUCGAGCAGUUUGGCCACCACACGUACGAACCCCAGCAAACGGUAAUCAUCCCCCUUACCAGGAGGACCGAGGAAAUAUUUGAAGGUAUGUACAACCAGAGGGCGUUUUCGAGGAACCUCAGCCUCCAACAGACCAUAGAAGAGGACAACUCGAGUCCGUUGAGGGACGACACGGUGGACAACGUGUUAAACUGGUCUUUGGCCAAAAACAUCCCCAGUUUGGAGUUCCCCACGUUCGAGAGGGUGCACAGACGUGAUAGCAUAGGCUCGGCGACUUCCAAACUGACGGAUAUGAGUUUUCAAAACGGGAUCGUGAGCCGCCGACCAUCCCUCAACAACCAUUUGACGGCAGACAAUCAAAACGAGCCGACGAGUUUCGACAAUUACGGUAAAGAAGUGCCCGUCGAGCUGUUUACGGUAUCCGGGACCGUGGCGUCUAACCGGAAAGGAUCCGGUGAUAAAACUGGCCAGUAAACGCACAAUAAAACAAUGACGUAACGGUAUAGUCCAGGUCGAAAUAUACCGCCAACUUCUGCAGCGAUAAAUCAGCCAAUUACCUCGUUAAACUCCAUUAAAGGGACGCAGUCGCACGCUGCGGUACUAACGAUAUGAAACGUCCAGAUAAGAUUUGGUGCAAAGCUGAAAUCAAUUUCGAGUUUUCAUUACAAGCAUUGAAAACGUAAUUGUUGCUCUUAGAAACUGUGCAAUGAAGUGUUACAAUACGCUUCAUCCAAAUGUCAAAAUUUUUCAAGACUACAACUUGCAUUAAAAAGCAAGGAUCUUGGAGUUUUUUCGGUUUUGGUGUGUUGGGAGUUUCCCAUUAUUUUAAUGUUUGUAAUAUUAUACCUGCUGAUCUAACUAAAGUGUUCAUCAUUGUUAACUUUGUUACCAGUGAUCAUGAAUAGAUACAAAGGCGGUUAAAUUAGCAAACUAUGUAGAGUUUAGGAAAAAAUGAAGCAAAUGUAUUCUUUUUAAAUGGAACACCCUGUGUAUUUUUUACUCUAACGUUCGUAAACUACCCACAGAACAUCAAAGGUAGUAUGCAAUAUUAGUCAAAAAUUGAAAAUAACCGAAUUAUCAGCGUAUUUCUCUGUUAGACUAGACUAAUAGAUAAAGGCGCAGAAAAAAUUGUUCAAAGAAGGCUGUGCAAAAUAAUGACGGUCCUGCCAAAUACAAAACUAGUUGUCAAAAAAUUAGUUUUAGUUAUUAGUAUUGUUGUAUCAAUUGUUAUCAAUUAUUUAAAGUAAUUUUGCUGGAUUCGGAACAAGUACGGUAAACGGCAUUUUACUCACGAGUUUAUUUGGCACGAGCGGAGCGAGUUUUUAAUAAACGAGUGAAUAAUAAAAGUUUACCGAACGUGUUGCAUACUAUACUUUUUCUACGACCGUCAGUUUUUGGGUACAUUUUCGCAAAACAUGAAUACAUUCACAAAGGUUUUUACAUAUGCGACAUGUUCGAAUGCCAUUUGGCAUGCAAUAAAUCGUCUGUAAAGGCAUACAUACACCUAUAUCCACAGCGCGUUUCUCGACAUGAACAAUUUUUUCAGGCCCUUAAUCCAAUCUUCACCAGUAAUAAAACAGUUUUUGCACAAGGAUGGAGACAAUUUUUUUUAUUAUAAGUGAAGACGUUGACAUUGGUGUUCUUGGAUAUUUUGAAGCAUAUCGUGGCAAUUCUAUUCGAGACAUAGUCAAAGAUUCUAACCUAGGAUUAAAAAAACACACAAAUUUUACACUUAUAUAUCGGUGCCUUUGGCAGGGGAUGCAAAGCGGAGACUUUUUUUUGUCAUUAGUAUGUCUUGCCGCCAAAGCAAUUUUCGGUAUAUUUCGUGGACUGACUAAUCAAAUUUUGUCAUAUUCUGGAAUUUAUAAUCCAGGAAAUACAAAAAUUUAUUGUUAGUACAUCCCUGAGUUCACAAAAACCAACACGCAAGAACGUACAUUUAGUUAGUGGACUGUAGUGUGUUGAAAUUACGUAUUCAUCCAGAGAAAGAGGAGAAAAUCUCCACAGGUUGUAGUAGUAAACACAGUAGACACAACUGCUCAAAACUGGCGAGUAUGUGCACUUCCUGUGGUUUCUAGUGUCGUCGACGCGGUGUACCCUUGCAUUAACCAAAGUCCGUGUAAUCUAGCACUACUGUGAAUAUUUUAGGACUUACCGAAAAAUGAAAAAUUGUAAAACUCUAGUUUUUGCCGAAACUUUCUUGUCGACGAUCAUUUUGGUACCACGCAUGUCCACUAGUGCGGGAAGAAGUGAAAGAAGUGAAAAUAAUAAUAAUAAAAUAAAACAUUUUUUCGAGAACAUGCGGUAUAAUUGGUUCUCGCAUUACAUUACAUUACAAUUAUUACUGCUAUUUUGGAUGGUUUUCUAGAUGAGCUUAAUCUCAUAAGUAGGCAGAAUCUCCAUUCUUAACAAGAUGGCGUGCCAGCUCAUAACUUCCGAGGCACAUAUCAAUGUUUGACAACUAUUUUCAACAACAAAUGGAUUGCUACAAAUGGACCUCUUGCUUGACCUCCUAGGUCACAAAAUAUAACCCCACUUGAUUUGUACUUGUGAGGUUAUUUAAAGGACGAAAUUUAUAACGAAAGAUACCAACACGUUGACGUUUAGAAAACUACAAUAAGAGAAAAAAUAAACCAGAUAGAUGGUAGAACAAUACUAAAGGCAAUUCGCUCAAUAGAAAAGUAAUUAGGUUAUUUUCACUUUUAGGCUAAUAUUGCAUGACAUUUUUUUGCGUUCUAUUGGUGAUUUACGUUCGUUAGAGUAAAAAUUAUACAGGGUGUUCCAUUUAAAGAGUUGAUUUCCCUCAUUAUUUUCCUAAAUCUUAUAUUCAAUUGUAUUUUAUUUUCUCCAUCGUAAUCAGUGGAAAAUAAUGCUACCAGUUUACUAAUUUAAGCGACUCUGUAUCUCUACUCGUAACAAAGUAACAAUGAUGAACACUUAAUUUAGAUCAGCCCGUAUAAUAAUAAUAUAUAAAAUAGAAUAAUAUGUAA